AUUAUGCCGUGCGUUGUUUCGACCUGUGGUACAACGGAAGGAAGCUUCAAACUUUUUCCCCGCCAUGGAUCACUUUCGAGACGAUGGCAUCAAGCAAUUCAGGUUGGUUCUGGGUUGGAAUUGGAAAUCAGCGAUGAACAGGAACUGUUCAAGUAUGAAAUUUGUGAGCGGCACUUCGUCACCGGUUUGGAACAGUCGAAGCCGGACGAAUUUUACUACCAAGAACCAACUCUAUUUACCCAUUGUGAUAAAGGUUGUGUGGAAGUAGGAAGCUGCCGGCUGUGUUUGAACUUUCAUUUUACGGAAGAGAUGGCUUCGAUAGCCGAUAUCCUGGGGGAAAAUUCCAUCGCUGCUAGCGUUGCUGAAGCACUGAACAUAACCCUUCGAGACGAGGACUUUCUGCCUCUAAUCUGUAUGCAAUGCCUGGCACGCGUUGAGAUUCUGCUGGCAAUACGUACGAUGUUUCUCAAAGCCGAGAGAGAGUUUACAGCUUUGAUCGAAAUUGCCCAGACGAGCGCUUUAGAAAUUCAUAAUAAUUUCACCUUGGAGCAUCCCCCCGUCGAUGCUUUUAUAGAAGAAGAACUCACAAUGUUGGAUUCCAAAAGCGAUACAGAACAAAAUUUGAAGUCACAGGCACAUGAAUUGGCAAUGACCUUUCUAGGGAGUCCACUUAAAAAGGAGAAAGAUCAGGGUAAAAAGUGCUACAUUUGUAUGACGGUAUUUCCUAAUACCAGCGUUCUACUGUCGCAUUUAACGAAGCUCCACGCCACCAGAAAUGGAUACCGCUGCAAUGAAUGUAUGUUGGAUUUUUCUCAUGUGAUUGCAUUGAACCGGCAUCUCAGCUGGCACCAGUGGUCAGAACGAGCGAACAAGUGCAGCAUUUGUGCGGCUAAAUUUUCCUCAGUCUUACACGUAAAAGUUCACGAAUACAAAGCCCACGGGAUCGCAAACAGUCGCAAAGUUAACAAAUCUUGGCCGACCGUGAACCCGUGUAAUGUUUGUAGUAAGGUUUUUAAAUGUCCUAGCAAACUGAAUCAACAUAUCAAAGUGAAGCACGAGCAUUACAAAGCACCUACUUGUGAUAUUUGCGACAGAACAUUUACUGCCACGUCUAGCCUAGAGCGGCACAUGCUAGUGCAUACCAACGAAAAACCGUACAACUGUGACAAGUGCGACGCUUGCUUUCGGCGAGUUCUCGAGCUGCGCAAUCACAUCACCAUGGUUCACGAGGGCAUUAACCCGCAUGUCUGCCAGGAAUGUCGUGCAUCGUUCAAAAAUUACCACGCACUCUACAUCCACAGGCAGACGGUGCAUCGCAACAAACCUGCACCGGUGGUACAAUUUAAACCAUACCACCUAACUUGCAAACUCUGCAAACGACAACAUAAUAAAUCAAACGAAUUGAUUGACCACAUUCGGGAGGACCAUACCGAGGAGGUUUACCCGUACGUGCAGUGUCCCGAUUGCCCGCGAACCUUCCUUAGUCAGCAGCAUCUCAGUCACCACAAAGAAGUCCACACCGAUAAGUAUGCCUGCAGUUACUGUGGCCUCCGCAAUCCAACGAUCCAGCGUUUGCAGAAUCACGUGGAAAACAAGCACAGUGAGGUGCGCAAGUAUGACUGCCGUGUGUGUAUAAAUAAAUCGUACAAAACUAAGGCCGCCCUGCGGAAGCACGUCCUCAUGCAUACGCACGGCAAGCAGUUUCAGUGCGACAUAUGCCAGAAGACGUUUAUGCGCAAGGAUCAGAUGGUUAUCCAUCGACGAAUCCAUACCGGCGAGAAGCCCUUCCAAUGUGAAACCUGCCUGAAACGAUUCAGCGACGAUGCGACCUUUAGUAAGCACAAAAAACGGUGCUGGCCCCUACCGGUUAGUAUCGACGAAGAUUUGAACAGUCUGUUUCUGGAGUACUAGAAGCAGUGUAGGUAAAUUUAUGAGGUUCAUUAUUCCGAAAUUAUUUUCUUGGCAUUCGUACUCAGUAGUGAUGUUUGUUGAAUCGAUGAACAUUAGAAUAUGUGCUGCAAUCAA